AUGAAAAGAUAUAUCCUCAUUAACAACACUUUUUGUAACACGAAAAAGGCUAAAGUGGCAUGCCAUUGUGACGGCGAAUUAAACGCUAAAGGAUGCACGACUGUGCCAGUUUUUUUUGACCUUAAUAAAAUUUCUUGCAAAAAGGUGGAAGAUGACAUAGAACAAAAAAAAAAAUUAGAUAGAUUGUAUUUCUUUCACAUAGAAGAAAAUGGAAAGAGAAGAAAAAUAAAUUUUUUGAAUUUCUUCAACGAAUUCGAUGGGAACGACACACCCAGUCGUCACUGCGUCGCGUCGCCGAAUGACGCGGCUACCUGCUCUGCACCCCCCAUCAGCUACUCCUCCAGGGACGAAACCAGCACCAUCAAAAUGAGCAGCCACACACAUGUGGAUCAUAGCAAUAGCCCAAGUAAACAGGAAUCCAUUUUAGUAAAAAGGGAAACCCUCCAUUUCCACACCGUACAAGAUGAAGGAUGUUGUAGAAACAAGAAAUACAAUCACAUAAAAAAUAAGUAUUAUGAACAGAUAAACAGUCUGUUGAAACAGGUACAUAUGAACCAAAUUGCAAGAAGGAACAGCAGCGUCAGUACG